AUUAACCUUUUCCAGAAACCACCUCUAUUAAACGCUAACCUCUCUAUUUUUCUGUCUCUUCUUCUUCCUCCCUUCCUUUGAGCUCAAGAAAUCUCCGAUUCUAGAGAGAGAAAAUGAGCUGCAAUGGCUGCCGAGUGCUCCGAAAGGGAUGCAGCGAUUCAUGCAUACUCCGCCAGAGUCUCCAGUGGAUCGAUAGCCCCGAGGCACAAGCCAACGCCACACUCUUCGUCUCCAAGUUCUUCGGUCGGGGCGAUCUCAUGGCUUUCAUCUCCGCCGUGCCGGAGAGCAAGAGAGCCGCUUUGUUUCAAUCACUGUUGUUCGAAGCGUGUGGUCGCACUGUGAAUCCGGUGAACGGCGCCGUUGGUCUCCUCUCUGCCGGGAAAUGGCAGGUGUGCCAAGCCGCCGUGGAGACGGUGCUCGCAGGCGGCGAAUUGCGGCCGAUCUAUGCUGGAAUUCCGUAUCCGGACGGCGAUGAAGGCUCCUAUGCGUUUCUCGCUAACUCGAUGAAGUUUCAAAAUCGGCUUUCCGAACACUCAACCGACUUCAAUUUCUCUCCGGCUACAUGGAUUUCGGCGGGAAGAGGAGGUAGAGGACGGAAUUAUCAGGCGGCCAGAAUUCAGACGGUGACGAUGUCGUUUGAUUCCGGCAGAUCGGAAAUGUUGACGUGCUCCGGGAGCGACAAGAAUGGUGUUGAGGAGCCGAAGCUUUUGAACCUUUUCGUCUAAAAUCGAGUCAAAAUAAGGUUUGAUUUGAUUUUUCGGCCAUUACAUAUAUAAUUGUAAGUGAGAGAGAGUACUGUUUUUGACUAAUAAAAUUAAACUUGUUAUGAAACCUCAUUAACGGACAGAAGCUUUGAAUUCUACUAUGAAUGAUUUCUUUUUUUC